AUGGCAACCUUAUCCUUUGUUGCCUUCUCACUAUGCCUCCUCUUCUUCUCCUUAGCCCAAGGCCUCAGCAACAACCCCCAAUGUAGUGAAGCCAAAGACCAGGGCUCUAACCUUCAAGUCUUCCAUGUCUACAGCCCAUGCUCUCCUUUCAGACCCACCAAACCAAUGUCAUGGGAGGAGAGUGUGCUCCAAAUGCAGGCCGAUGACCAGGCCAGGCUCCAGUUCUUGUCCAGCCUCGUGGCCAAGAAAUCGGUUGUUCCAAUUGCCUCCGGCAGGCAGAUCAUUCAGAGCCCUACGUACAUUGUGAGGGCCAAGAUUGGCACCCCACCUCAGACCUUGCUCUUGGCUGUCGAUACUAGCAAUGAUGCUGCUUGGGUCCCAUGUAACGGCUGCGUUGGCUGCGGUUCCAAUGUCUUUAAUUCUGCCAAAUCCACAACCUACAAGACCCUCGGUUGCCAAACUGCUCAGUGCAAGCAG